AUGGACUCUGACUCUGGUGAUGAGCGAGAAGAGUACAUUCCCGAGCCACCGCCGCUGCUCCCACUCCUCGUGGGCCCAGUAGGGCCGAACUCGAACGGUCGAAAACGCUCUCGAAGACGCGGUAUCGAUGUACCUGCCGGCGUGCUGCCGGUAACCAGACUCCUGACACCAGCCCAGAAGCUCCGCAAGAAAGAUGAAUGGACUUCCUCGCGCAAGGAGUUGGUAGACCAACUUGCCGCUCAUGAUGAGUCAUACAAGACUGAGAUAGAGCCGGACGAGAAGCGAUUGGCUGAUGUCGAGGAUGCUGGUGUAGUUAUCCCAGAGGGGGUUUUACCCCCCACAAGGGACCUUACCGAAGGACAAAAGUUAAGGAAGAAGGAGUUGAGGGAAGAGAUUACUAGACUUAAGGAACUUGAACGAGAACAUAACGAAGCUCUUCAAGUCAAGACAGAACAAUGGGACACUGCUCGGAGAGCUUUAGUAGCUACUCUGGAACGCCAUGACUCCGAACGCCAAGAGUCGUUUGCCCCGGACUACAAGUUAUCCAAAGAGUUGGAUGAGAAGAUCAAGUCCGCUGUCUCGGAAAUCAAGGAUCUCGUGUAA